CAAAUCGAAAUAACCUAAAAAAAAGCGAAACAAAACAUUCCAAUAUAUUUAAAUUGAAUUUAAUAUAUUUUUAACUUGAAUUAGUUAUGGAUAAUGUAGCAAGCACCAGUACUUCCAGAGAAGAAGAUAAUUUAUUUUUUGAUCUUGAAGAAAACGAGUCAAAUGAUGAAGAAGAGAAAGAAACGAGAACGCCUAACAGCAAACUGCCGCAACAUUUAAAAGGCCUUAUGGGCGAAGCUAAUCUUCGAUACGCUAGAGGAGAUCUGGAGACAGCCAAGAAAAUGUGUUUCGAAGUUAUAAGACAAGCGCCCGAUGCCUACGAACCCUAUUUGACUCUGUCUCAAAUGUACGAAAACGUGAACACAAACAAAUACAGGGCGUAUUUAAUGUUAACAAGCCACUUAGCUCCGCAUGACACGGCAAUUACUUGCCGAUUGGCGGAUUUCUGCGUACAAAACGGGGAUGUAGCCGAAGCAAUUAAAUGUUACGCAAGGGUACUUAAAUACAUACCUAAAAAUAUGAUGAUUCACAGGAAAAGAAUAGAGUUAUUGGAGCAGAAAGGUGACACGAAAAGUUUACUCAUAGCCAAGCAAACUAUGAUAAACAAUAUUCCUAAAAAAUACAGCGAUAUUAUAAUGCACACGGCAAUGGAAGUUACCAAAGAGCAUUACAAAAACAAAAAUUACCUCAGAGCCAUAGAAGUAUUAAGGAUACCUUUGAAAAGGAUUCCCGAAAUGGUUACGCACGAUGUCAUCAACGUCAUGUUGGAAUUACUGAUAAUUUGCGAACGUUUCUCCGAUUGCUUGGACAUUCUUACGCAAUUUUGCGGUUUCACUUUCGACGUUACGCUAACUGAAGACAACAACAUAUUCAUUAACUCGUUCGAACUUCCCGAAAACUUCCCCUUGGAUUUGCGCAGCAAAUUCAUGUCGUGCUUGAUCAAAUUGAGGGCCGACCAUUUAUUUCCUCCUCUCAUCGAUAAAAUGCUUGUGGAAGACGACGUCGAGAUUUACGGGGAUUUAUUCUUAGACGUAGCGGAAUCCCUGAUGAACGUCGGUUACCAUCAACAAGCUCUAAGCAUACUCAUAAUUUUAAUAAAGAGCAAAAGCUUCUCCCUGGCAGGUGUUUGGUUGAAAUACGCGGAAUGUUUAGCCGCAUGCAACAUGACGGAGCAAGCCAUAGAAGCUUACUUCACUGUUAGGAGCUUAGCCCCCGCUCACGUGGAAGUUCUGUACCCUCUGGCGAUGCUUCUUCUCAAGCAAAACAACGAAGAAGAAGCCCUCAAAGUGUUGGCCCAAGAUCUGCAAACCAACAAGCUAGACGUGGCUGUGUUGCUGGAGCAAAUGAAGCUCUUGAAGCAGCUGAACGAUUGGAACGGUUACUGGAAAAGUAUGGAAUUGUUCCUUUCCAGGCACUCCUGCGUGCUGAAGCAUCCGGAGGAACUAAAAAUAGUGCUAACGAAAGAUAGACCUUAUGAGAAGAUUGUCAGAUUAAGAAGAAUGAGGAAUUUCCGAAGCGAUAGCACGAAUGUGGAGCCGAAUUUCGACGUAAUCAGCGAACCGAGCAAGGAGGAGGAGUUCGAAUUUUAUUUGGAAAAUUUGCAGUUAGCUAUGGAUAGGAAGGAAUUCGGGUAUUAUAAGAAGUUUACAUUCAUGGGAAUGGUGUCGAAGAGGUUUUAUAAAUUUAUUGCUCAUGUUUGUUUAUUGACGUGCUGGGGAUGCCUGAUCACCUCCGACCUGUACCACGGGUACUUUUUAGUCAGAGACAACGUCCUCAUGUACCCGAAGAACAAUCUCUGUUGGAACUGGUUCAGUUUCAUAACCUGCGCGUAUCCAGACGACGGUAGGUUUUCGAGGUUCCUGGAAAGAGCCCAAUGCCUCGGUUCGGAAAACGGAAGGUUGAUGCUCGCCAACUACAAUUUAUCCGUGGGUAAUUACGUGUUGGCGAUCAAAUACUAUCUGAAAAUGUUCAAACAAAGCGGCACUUCCUUGUCCGCACUGCUGCUGGGCACUGCCAUGCUGCAGCAUUACUGCAACAGGCGAUCAGAGAAGUACAAGAAGAAAAUUAUCGCGGAAACUAUUACAUAUUUGUUCGUGAAUUACGCCCAGAUCAGAACUAAACAGGCCGAGCAGGAGGUGUAUUACAAUAUGGGCAGGAUGUACCAUCAAUUAGGCGUCAUAUACUUGGCGGAAUAUUAUUACAAAAAAGUGUUGAAUGUUAGUAACGAUUAUUUGGAAAAAUACCCGGAUGUUUUGUGCUUGAAGAGAGAGGCCGCUUUUAACUUACACGUGAUUUACAAGGCUAAUGGAAAUUUAAUAGCGGCGAGGAAUAUUCUGUAUGAAAAUAUUGUAAUUUAAGACACUCGAAUUGAUAUUAAGCGCUUAUUUUUAUAGGUAUUGAAAGUACAUUUGAUACAAUAAAUAAUUAUGUACCUG